AUGCCUAGAGAAUUCUCGAGGGAGAAGCGCGCCCAUUCUGAUUCCACGACGACCAGUAAACGAAAAUACCACGAAGGCUCGGAAGACUCUCAACCAGCAAAGAAGAAGAAGGUCCAUCCUCCUAAACACGAACACAAUUAUCCCUCCGUCAACGAGUUGAAGAAGCGUAUCCGGGAUGUCAAGCGCCUGCUCAACCGGGUCGAUCUGCCAGCCGAUGCACGCAUUGUCCAGGAGCGUGCGCUUGCGGGAUACGAGAAGGAUCUCGAGGACGAGUUGGCGAGACGCCAUCGGUCACAGAUGAUCAAGAAGUAUCAUUUUGUUCGAUUCCUUGACCGGAAAGCCGCCUCAAAGGACCUCAAGCGUCUGCUCCGCCGCGAACAGGAAAUCUCCAAUUCUGACCUCGAUCCAGCAGCCAAGAAAGAGAAACUAGCUGCUCUCGCAGGAAAGAUCCACGCUGCACAGGUGAAUCACAACUACACCAUCUAUUACCCACUUACGCAGAAAUACGUCGCGCUCUACGCAGAGCAGAAGAAGAAAAAGAAGGAGUCUAGUGCACAAUCGGAAAAACCGAGCGAGCCCGAAGCGGAAGUUGCCAGCAAACUCAUAUAUGACACUACGGGUGAGAGACCGCCCAUGUGGCGUGUAGUUGAGAAGUGCAUGGAAGACGGCACGCUGGAUCUUCUCCGUGAAGGGAAAUUGGACGGUAGUGAAAAAGGCGAGAAGAGCUCACAAGCGCCCGAGCAAAAGAAGUCGAAGAAAAGUACGGAUGACGAUCAGUAUGCGCGCAACAAAUCCAGUACGGAGAAGGUCUCCGACAAGCCUAGCGGAAAGUCGAGAAAAUCAGGGGGGAAGCAAGACAGGAAACCAAAACGGUCCGCGGCAAUGGAGGGCGCAUACUGGAGUGCUAAUGAGCACGAUGACGAUGAUAUUGAGAGUGACGGUGGUUUCUUCGAGGCGUGA